AGACCCAACACCCUUUCUUCUUCCACUGAUUACCAUUGACUGGCUUUGACAGACUCAGGUAAAAAAAUCAAGAAAAAACAAAGCACCCAAGAUUUCCUUCUUUUGUUUUAGAAAGUUAGAGAGAGAAAGCGGUCUCUUCAAGAAAGCCAGAGAGAGAAAGCUGCUUAUAUUUUAGAAGGUUAGAGAGAUAACGCCCGACACCCACAAAGAACCAGAAGGUUAGAGAGAGAAACCUGGUUAUAUUAGAAGGUUAGAGAGAAAGCGUGACACCCACAAAGAACCAGAAGGUUAGAGAGAGAGGAGGGUAUUUUAGAAGGUUAGAGAGAGAAAGCCGGACAUGGUAGUUUAGAAGGUUAGAGAGAGAGCAGGAUAUUUUAGAAGGUUAGGGAGAGAACGCCGGACAGGGUAGUUUAGAUGGUUAGAGAGAGAAAAGGCGGACACCAGAGGAGAACCUGAUGACUCUUCCCCUCAAAACAGGCGCCAGUGCUUGGAUUAUUAUAAGCUUGAAAGGACCCUUACGGUCUUGCGUGUUUACAGGUGCGGCCGUCGAGCCCGGUGAGAAGCGGAUCUAGAGAGAGAAAGAAGCUUUUAAAGGACCCGUGAAAAUGUCCGGCUUUCAGGUGAGCUGACUACUCUCUCUCUUGUUUCCUCUCUCUAAACUAUCUAUGGUUUGUUAACAAACGACCAAAAGAAAAGCUUCAGGUCAAGUCAGCUAGAGAGUGAUGAAAACCCAUGACCCAUUUGAGAAAGUGCUUUUACUGGAUAUUUUAAAACGAGAAAAUCUCUUUGUUCUUUAGGGUUUUUGCCCCUUUUCAGGUUUCUGGAUGAAGAGCAGUGCAAAAGCAAGCUUUGUCUCUCUAAAAUGCGGUCGCUGCAAAGAGAGCUUUCUCUCUCUCGGACCAAGUUGCUGCACUCUGAGAUAGGCUUCCUGCAGAGGAGGCUCUCUCUCUGGAACGGGAUUGCAGAGAAGAAGGCCAUCUCUCUCUACAAUGGCGCCUCUUUCUCUCUCUAGAAUGGGGCCGGGAAGAACUGGAUUUCACUUCGUUUUGCUCCUUUCAGUCGCCACGCUCCGAGCCACCGACGCUGACGAUGGUUAUGAACUCGGUAAUGGACUCGGGCAGCCGUCAGAGUCGGAAGGCAUUCCGAAAUCGAAUCUUGCGCCUUUCAAGCCAAGCAUCGCCGUUAUAAUCGGCGUUCUCACCACCAUUUUCUCCGUUACGUUUCUCCUGCUUCUCUACGUCAAGCACUGCCAGCGUGGGCCCCAUAACGGCCAAAACCCUAACGGCUUCUUGCGGGCUCGACACUCGGGAGUCGACCGAGUGAUAAUCGAGUCGUUGCCGAUGUUUCGAUUUGAGUCUCUGAACGGUCCAAAGAACCGUCUCGAAUGCGCUGUAUGUUUGAAUCGGUUCGAGUCAGUAGAAUUGUUGAGGCUCUUGCCCAAGUGCAAGCACGCGUUCCACGUCGAGUGCGUGGAUACAUGGCUCGAGUCCCACUCGACUUGCCCGCUGUGUCGAGUACGAGUCGACCCUGAAGAUGUACUGCUCUUUGAUGAGUCGCUUCAGAAACAGGGGUUUGGUGACGGCGAGUCCCGGCUAUCUUCGGGCCGGAAGUCCGCCGGAGAUAUAUUUACCGGGGACUUUUUGCAGGUCGUGGUUCAGAAAGAGGGAGAGGAAACGCCAAGACGGUCUUCAGAUUCGAACUCUAAGCGCAAGAAAAUGGAGUUUUCAGACCAAAAACUGGAAUUUUCAGGGCAUAGGAUCGAGUUUUUUGGCCGGAAAAUGGGAUUUUCCGGCGAUUCUGUGAGCAUGGGGUGCUUUGACAGAGGGAGAAAAGAUGGGCUUUUAAUGGAGGAGAGAAGGAGCUUCGAGAGAAGAGUGGGGCAUCGAAUUAUCGUCUCAGACGCUGGUUUUCGACAAAGAUGGAGCGAUCUCAGACCGUCCGAUUUGCUAUUCCUGAGAUCUGAGAUGAUCUUGGGAGAGAGUGGGAGGUUUUCUCUCUCUAGCCGUAAGCAGGAUGAGAGAGAGAACGUCGAGAGGCUCUCUCUCUCUAACCAUAAUGUGCACAGGAGGGGAGAGCAGGGGAAUUCAGAGGAGAGAGAAGAGGGGACAGAGAAGCUUUCAGAGGAGAGAGGGAGGCUUUCUCUCUCUAGCCUUAAAAAGCAGCGGGUUUCGGAGGAGAGAGGAGAGAGCGGGAGGUUUUCUCUCUCUAGCGCCGAUGAGCACCAGCCCAAAAAGCAGGUGGGUUGGGAAGAGAGAGAACAUGAGAAUUGUGGGCCUUCUCUCUCUAGAAAUAAUGAAGAGAGAGAAGAGAUUUUUGUGCAGGAAUCAGGAGGAGUUAAUGGCGGUUCAGAGAGCAGAGCGAUAAAUUCGAAGAGGUCGCUCUCUGAGAUCACGGGAUUAAGCAGGUUUAAUGGCAGCAGGGCUAUUAAUGGCGAUCAAAGCGAGGAGAAAGGCAAGAAAUGGUUUGGUUUGACAAGGCAUUGGCUCGGUAACAGAGAAAAUAGCCGGGCGAGUUUUUCGUAGCUCCAGUAAUGGCGGAUUAAUGCAAGAAAACCACAGCCACAUUGAAAUUGCAGAAGCCAAAACGAGAGAAAAAAUACCCCAAUUUAGCUUUAACUUAUGUAUAAUGGCGAAAAACCCAGAAAUCGGACGGCUCAGAUUUUGGAAGCUCAGGCCAUGGGAAACCCACCAUUUUCUCUGCUUCACCCAGAAGAAUUGAGGUCUGAGAAACUUAUAAAUAUGAUCCAUUUUUUCUGCAAUUUUCAUCAUUAGUUAAAACCCAGAAGAUACGAGAAGCAUCAGAAGCUGAAGCCAUUAAAGACUCUGUUUCUCUGAAGAAUUUCAAUUGAAGAGGUUAUAGAGCUGAAAAUCCAUAAAAAUCUUUUCUCUUCAACUUGUGGCCUCAGUCAAAACCCACAAGUAUUCAGAAGUUACAGAGCUGAAGCCACUGAUAAUGCUCCUCUUUUUUCUGAAAUUUCUCCAAGCAUAGAAGCCAUAUCUCUCUCCCUCCCUCUCUGCAAUUUUUCGGCGCCAAAAGAAGCGAAAUUUCGGUCGUUUCGUUCGGAGGUAAAUCACGUGAAGAGGGGCAAAAGGCGGCAUCGUAACUCGUACUUUUGCCACCGCCGGGCAGCUACACAGAUACCCAUGCAUUUUCUCUCUCUUAAAAAGCUCUGUUGUGUAGUGUGAGAAAGAGAGCAUUUUUUCUCUAUUAAAAAGCUCAAUUGUUUAGAAAAAGAAGAUUGAUGAGAUUGACAAUGAUUUUCUGACUUGGAUUGUUACCAGAAUGGGAAAGAAAAGCUCUCUGAACUCUUGUCAGACAGUGGGAAAGAACCAAAUGAGAGAGAGAGAGAGAGUGUGAUGAAAUGGAUGGUAUAGAGAGUUUUGGAUUUGAUAGAACGGAUUUUAUUUUUUAUAGUCGAGUGAAAGUUUGAUGAAAUGGUUUGCUGUGGAAUUGAUCUUUGGAAAUUUCAUAGAAGAGAGAGAGGAAAUGGAUUGUAUAGAGUUUGAUGAAAUGAAUUUUUGUUGUAAGUGAUUUGGAAUACGGAGCUGAAAAUUUUAC